AUGAGAGGAGGAGCGAAGACCCAACCCGACGACCAUGCGCGACCGUCUGAGAGCUCGAGCAACGAGCAUGCCCGGGAGCCUGAGGCCCCGAGCGAGAAGAUGGCAUCACCCGUGAGUCGAGUCGUGCUGGAGCUGGCAAGACAUGCCGACAAGCCCGUCGCCUCCAAGCAGGAUCACGACAAGAAGGUGCAGAUCUUGUACCUCGUCAACCAGACCAUCGGCAUGCAGCGACACGCCAUGUCGCUCAAGAUCGCCGCCAAGCUUCCCGCCAUCAUCGGGGCUCACGCGGCGCAUCUAGCGUGGGUGGAUGCCCAGACCAACGAGUUCCUCGAGUUCCCCGACGGCGACGGCGGGCGCGUUAAGUUCGUUGACGUCAGAGAGGGUGGGAUAGCGGCUGAGGCGCUGAGAAAGAAGAGCUUGGUCCAGGUCAAGGACGAGGAGACCAUCGACGGCUCGUUGGGCCCGUUCGACCUGGAGGUGGGAGGGUCUGAGCACUCGCGCUCUGAAGUCCUCUGUGUCCCCAUCCUUGACAACUCCACGACUCCAUGCGCGCUGCUGACGAUCGGGAGCAACGCGGAGAGGUUCUCCGAGUCAGACGUGGAGACGACCGAGUGGCUUGCGGUGCUGCUGGGGAACGUGAUGCAUCACAACGAGCAGCUGUACGUCAAGCAGGAUCAACUGGCGCUCGUCCUCCGCAUCGCUUCUCACGCUGUCACUCUCUUCCAACAAGGAUGUGUGGUAGGAGCAGCGGAGGGCCUCCCAGCGUCCGUGACUUCCUUUGCUGCCCAGAUCGCCCUGGUGCACAGGGAAGAGGAGGAAGCGGAGCCGCUGCUGUACUGCAUCUCGUCCGAUGCUUCCAAGGACGAGGGAAGCGAGACGGAGAGCCCUGGGUGUGCGAGCACGCGGAGGAGGUGA